UAACCACAUACUAUUUAUAUAAAGACACGCACACGUUUGAAUUCGAUACACACUUCUGUUAGAGAGAGAGAAAGAGAAAGAGAGAGAGAGAGAUAUGGAGAAGGCAAUUGAGAGACAAAGGGUUCUGCUUCAGCACCUACGACCAACUAACGCUGCCUCUUCCCUCGAUUCCAUCGAAUCCUCUGUUUCUGCAUCUGUAUGUGCUGCUGGGGAUAGUGCUGCAUAUCAGAGGAAUUCUGUUUAUGGAGAUGAUAUAGUCAUUGUUGCUGCAUAUAGGACACCUCUUUGCAAAUCAAAGAGGGGUGGCUUCAAAGAUACUUACCCAGAUGAUUUACUUGCCUCUGUGCUAAAGGCAUUGAUUGAGAAAACUAAUUUGAACCCUAGUGAAGUUGGGGAUAUAAUUGUGGGUACAGUCUUGGCACCUGGAUCUAUAAGGGCAAGUGAGUGCAGGAUGGCUGCUUUUUAUGCUGGAUUUCCUGAAACUGUUCCAGUUAGAACUGUGAACAGGCAAUGCUCUUCUGGUCUCCAAGCAGUUGCAGAUGUUGCUGCAGCUAUCAAAGCUGGAUUUUAUGACAUAGGCAUUGGGGCUGGCUUGGAGUCUAUGACUGUAAACACCAUGGCAUGGGAAGGCUCAGUCAAUCCUAGAGCUAGUACAUUACAGCAAGCUCAAAACUGUCUUCUUCCCAUGGGUAUUACUUCUGAAAAUGUUGCACAUCGCUUUGGUGUGACAAGGCAAGAACAAGAUCAGGCAGCUGUUGAGUCACAUAGGAAGGCUGCUGCUGCAACUGCUGCUGGAAAGUUCAAAGAUGAAAUAAUACCUGUGACAACAAAGAUUGUUAACCCAAAAACUGGAGAUGAGACUACCGUGACAAUCUCUGUUGAUGAUGGGAUUCGUCCAAAUGCAAGUAUUGGAGACCUGGCAAAGUUGAAACCUGUGUUCAAGAAAGAUGGGACCACCACUGCUGGAAACUCUAGUCAAGUUACUGAUGGGGCUGGUGCUGUACUGCUUAUGAAGAGGAGUCUUGCAAUCCAGAAAGGACUUCCAAUCCUUGGUGUAUUCAGGACUUUUGCUGCGGUUGGUGUAGAUCCUGCUGUAAUGGGCAUUGGUCCAGCCGUGGCAAUUCCGGCAGCUGUUAAAUCUGCUGGACUUGAACUGGAUGAUAUCGAUCUUUUUGAGAUCAAUGAAGCAUUUGCAUCACAGUAUUUAUACUGCCAAAAGAAGCUGGGACUUGAUCCAGAGAAGAUCAAUGUAAAUGGAGGUGCCAUGGCUAUUGGUCAUCCUUUGGGUGCAACAGGAGCUCGGUGUGUUGCAACUUUGUUGCAUGAGAUGAAGCGUCGUGGCAAAGACUGCCGCUAUGGUGUGGUUUCCAUGUGCAUAGGCACGGGAAUGGGUGCUGCGGGUGUUUUUGAGAGAGGCGAUGCUUGUGAUGAGCUCAGCAAUGCCCGAAAAGUCGAAACUCAUGGCUACUUGUCUAAGGAUGCUCGGUAGACCUCUCAUGGUGUAUAAAUCUCUUGGUUUCAUCAAUAAUUUAUGAAGUGGGAAGCAGUGACAUCAAUAAGUUAAAUUUUUAAGGGUAGUAGGGAAGUUUUUACUGUGGCACUUCAAUUGUAUGAUUGGAUUACAAAUUCCCAGACUUUAAUUAAUAUCAAGUAAUUGUAGCAGCAUAAUAAUCAAUGAGAACUUGUGUAAUCCUGAGUGUUGAAAUAUAUUUAUAAUUAGUUUA